AAAAAACAACCCUAUCUGUGGCCGUAAGUCUUUGUUUCGAACAUAUUGUCACUGCUUUGCGUUUGUUCCAAGUGAGAGCAACCCCAUUCACAUCACGUACCUGUGCUGCGCCGCACAAAGGCUGCCUCUCGAGUCAUAUCUUUAUCCUAGAUAUCAGCAGGCUAUUCAUGGACAAUCUGUAUUGUUCACAGCUUCCCUCUUAUAGAUAGGGGGGACAAGGGCGGCUAGUCACAGCUCGAUGCCUCGAUGUGGCCGGGCCAUUUAAUCGACCUGAAGCACUGAACUGGGCGUUCUCUUCUGCACCCUCCCCUCUAUUUCCCCAUCGCUUCCCUACCUCAUCUUUCCAUCAGGGGCUUUCGUAAUCGAGGCCUCGUUCAACUUUCAUUCAGCCACCAAAAAUUCUAUAAUCACCCUCCAGACGGGACUGUUGCUGAUUCUGAUUAGUACCAGCCGCAGCAUAUUUUAUUUCUGUAGUAAGAGCCUCAAGUCCGUCCACGUGUAGCUGGCACUAUCGUCAAGAUGGGACUGGUCAAGCUCCUUACGGCGUCUUUCUUGGCCUUACGCCUACUUUCUGCCCCUGUGGGAGCUGCCUCGACAACGGCGCUUCAGCAGCGGCAAGAUGCUGCCUCCAGCUACUGGGUUGCCAAUAUCCAGCGCCAGGGUGUGGCGGCAUUUGGCGAACCGGGUCAUACCGUCUUCCGAAAUGUCAAGGACUUUGGUGCCAAGGGAGACGGCACAACCGACGACACCGAUGCCAUAAACAAGGCCGUCCAGGAUGGUCCGAACCGAUGCAUCGAGAAGUGCGACUCCCGCACCAACGCCCCCGCUCUUGUGUAUUUCCCCCCCGGCACCUACUUGGUCAGCAAGCCUAUCAUUCAGACCUACUACACCCAGUUCGUCGGCGACGCGGUGAAUCUGCCCACGAUUAAGGCCACCCCGAACUUCGAUGGCAUGGGUGUCAUCGAUGCUAACCCAUACGACUAUACCACCGACCCGGCCAAAAACUGGUACAUUAACCAGAAUAACUUCUUCCGCCAGGUUCGCAACUUCAUCAUCGACAUCAAGGAUAUGCCGAUCAACAAGGGUGCCGGUAUUCACUGGCAGGUUGCCCAAGCUACCAGCAUCCAGAACGUCGUCUUCGAGAUGAACCCCGACACCAGCGAGGAGAAUGUGCAGAAGGGCUUGUUCAUCGAAAAUGGAUCGGGCGGUUUCAUGGCCGACCUCGUGUUCAACGGCGGCGGUAUCGGGGCUGACAUAGGUAGCCAGCAAUACACGACCCGCAACCUGACCUUCAACAACUGCAACACCGCCAUCCAUAUGAUUUGGAACUGGCUCUGGUUUAUGCAAGACGUCAAGAUAAAUGGCGGCAAGAUUGGCAUUGACAUGACCAGCGAUACUCUGGAUCUUAUCAAGGUUGGCUCGUUGGUCCUUGUCGAUAGCAAGAUCUCCAAUGUCCAGGUUGGCGUCAGCACUCUUUACAAGCCUGACCUUCCCGACACCAACAACACCCUCAUCCUGGACAACGUGGAUAUGAGCGAGGGCGUCCCCACUGCCAUUCAGUACGCCAAAGACAAGACUGCCGUGCUCGAGGGAAAUCAGAAGAUCCCCGGGUUCACACAGGGCCGACAGUACGUUGGAAGUUCGGGUAAUGCGGUCCAGACCGCCAAAGAAGCCACGCGCAAGCCUGAGGUCCUCCUGAAUAGCGAGGGCAAGAUCUUCACGCGUGUGAAGCCCCAAUACGAGGAUGUCCCGUCUAGCAAGUUCGUCAGCGUGAAGACGGCCGGCGCCAAGGGUGAUGGAAAAACCGACGAUACCGCGGCGAUUCAGAAGAUCUUCGACGAUGCUAAGGAAGGAGACAUUAUCUACUUCGACCACGGCGCGUACCUCAUCUUCGACACGGUCAAGGUCCCCAAGAACAUCAAGAUCACGGGAGAAAUGUGGCCGCUUCUCAUGGCAGCGGGCGAGAAGUUUGCGGAUCAAGCCAAGCCCGUACCUGUCUUCCAGGUUGGCGAGGCAGGUGACGUUGGCAAUGUCGAGAUGUCUGACCUCAUUAUCGAGACCAAGGGAUCUCUACCUGGUGCUAUCCUCAUGCAAUGGAACUUGGCUGGUUCUGAGAACGGCGCGGCCGGGUUGUGGGAUGUGCACUUCCGCAUUGGCGGCACUUCCGGAACCGAACUGCAAUCCGACAAAUGCACCAAGAACCCGAACGCCACGACGACCCCGAACCCUGAAUGCAUGGGCGCCUUUAUGCUUCUCCACGUCACUCAGACGGGCUCGGCCUACAUCGAGAACUGCUGGUUCUGGGUCGCCGACCACGAGCUCGACCUCGAAGACUACAACCAGAUUAACAUUUACAACGGUCGCGGUGUGCUUAUCGAAUCUCAUAACCCCGUCUGGCUUUGGGGUACCGCUUCGGAGCACAGCGUUCUGUACAACUACCAGAUCUCGAACGCGCAAAACGUCUUCAUCGGCGUGGCUCAAUCCGAGACGGCCUACUUCCAAGGCAACCCCGCUGCUCCCCAAGGCGCCACAGUUCUUGAAGGCUUCAUUGACCCAGAUUUCGAGAAGUUUUGUGCUGGACAACCCGAGACCUGUGCUCGUACCUGGGGCCUGCGUGUGACGAACUCGUCGUCGGUGUAUGUGUACGGCGCUGGCCUGUACAGCUUCUUCAACAAUUACGCUCAGGAGUGCGUCGGCUUGCAAAAUUGCCAGGACCACAUGAUCAGCAUUGAGGAUUCGACCGAAAUUCACCUCUUCGGUUUGAGCACGAAAGCCUCGGUUAACAUGGUCACUCUAGAUGGUCAGUCGGCGGCUCUCGAUAAAGACAACAGGAACAACUUCUGCGCUGCCAUCGCCAAAUUCGAGGUUGGUGCCGGAGAGGGGCCCCAGGCGGGGCCAAGCAGCUCUGCAGCUACUUCGCCGGUAACCCGAACCGCGACGGCGACGACGACGACGGUUGGCAGCUCAACUGCUGUAAUCAGGACUCAAACCACACCUGUUACGGCCACUGUACCAACAAGCAGUCCCAGCCAACCCAGCGGGGAUUCGUCAGCCCAGGCACCGACCCCAACGCCAUCUACUCCUGGCAACACCCCUGUCAUCGGGGCACCGGAGGGUACUUCAGCCGUUGAGACGCCGGUAGAUGCGCCGACGGCGUCUCCAACCGUCCCAGCGACGCCUUCGGGAACCGCCGGCAGCGGUGAUAACUCCGCUGUCACGGUGACAGUUACCGAAACCAUUACGACACAGGGUGUCUGUUCUCAGACGCCCUGAGCCGUGGCGUGGCGUCCGAGGUUCUCUGCUGUUCAACGAGCAACCGGACCGGCCACAGGUCUUGGAGGAUGCGGCUUUAAAGGCCGACAUGAGAGGAGUCUGUGCGUUGGGUACAGUAGCGCCUCUUAUUCCGUCUCGUUGAAUGAAGCAAGGCCUUGAAUACGCUCUAUGCUUCAUUUUCGCUUCUUUUCUGGCCUUAGGGGCAUUAUAACACACUUGAUUUUUCUUUCUUACAUCUUUCAACGUUGGGUUCGUGGAGGAUCGAUACCCACGGUACCCAUCAUAAGAGCAUGAUUGGAGUUCGGGCGGAUCACGGAAAGUAGGUGUUCAAGAUACCACUUACGGCUAUCAAGAUGUCAAGGAGGGUGACGGCCAAUAGGGCCCAAGUAGAGUCGCUCGGUACCGUAGGCAUCAAUGUCAAACAUGGACCUUAUAUGCUGUCUGUGUCCUCUUAACGUGAC